CAACACUUUAAAUCGCAGUUCCGCAGUUCGUUUACGACAGUCAACAAGUACUGCAUUAAUAUCAAGUGAACAAAUUUAAAAUAAUAAAAUAUAUAAUAAUAAUUAAAUAAUAUUGUCACGCUUUACUUGUUGUUUGUUAUUAUUUUACCGGUUUAUUUUAUAAUUAAACAAAUAAUAGUUUAAUAUUAUUUUAUUUGUGCUUAAAAUAUCGAGAGAAUUUUUUUUUUUAUUUGGCGCAAUUGUGAGACGACACACCGGUGGAAAUAAUCCAUUUAAUACAAUCGAUUUAGAGAGGGUUGAAAAAAUCCCUCUCAUAACAAAGCGUUCAACGGCCACCAACAUUUCAUUUAAGCAAGAAAAUAAUAAUCAAGAUAUAAAAUGUUUGCGACGGAAGAAAGAAUUGCCCGUUACACAUGGCGUGAAAUCGGUAGCAUCGUCGAAGGCUACAAUGAAUUAUCCAGCAGUAAAUAUCCCGACAAAAAUUCCAAUGAAAUUAAAUCAUUCAUUGACAGAGUUGAAUCCACAAAAUACAAAAAAAUCAACAGCCAAAAUCAACGAAGACAGUACAACAUCAUGUCAAAUUUGGGAGGAAAAUUAUCAGGAUUUGAGCGAUUGGUGUAUGGAUACAUUUAUCCGGGCCCCAUGCGAUUUUCCUGCAGGUGAAUUAAAUCAAAAUGAAAUUAAAGAUUGUAUUGAGAUAAAAGAUGAGCAAGAAGUUAUUGAUGCAAAUCAAAAUAAAAUUUAUUCAAUGAAUAAUAUGGGAGACGAAGUUUGGGGGAAAGAUUUAAAACAAGAAUUACAAUUAAUCAACAAUAAUAACAGCCAAUAUGACAAUGAUUUAUUAACAGAUUUAAAUGGAUGGCAAAAUGUCCUUAAAAAAGAUGAGUGGAUUCAACAAAUUGAUAACGAUCAAAUUGGUCAAACAGAAAAAUAUGAAAAUUGGGAUACUUUAAAUGUUUUUAAUAAUAAUAAUUCAUUUGAUUUAUUAUCUUAUCUUUGUGAUAAAGACGAUAUUUUUUCACUGGAAGAAAAUAUUUCUACAGAUUCUACAACAAUUUUAUCGAAUAAUAAUAAUAACAGAACGAUAAAUAAUAAUAACAAUAGUUAUGAAAAAAUAAAAUCAGAAUUAUUAAUUUCAUCUACGGUAUCAAGUCCAGAAUUUAAUGAGAUUAAUUGUUUGAAAAUGAAAUUACCAUCAACAGAUAGAUCAAUAGAAAAUACAAAAGUUAGAGGAAGACAGAGGGUUGAAGUAGUAAAUUCAAUACAAUUAGAUAAAGGAACAAAAAGAAAUUAUGAUUCUGAUGAUGGACUAUCAGAUUGUAGUAGUAAUUACAAAGAUUCAAGAGAAAAAAAUAAUCAAGCAUCUAAAAAAUCUAGAAUGAAUAAAAAAGUUAAAGAAAAUGAAAUGGAAUUAAGAGCAAUGAUACUUGAAAAUGAUAAUAAAAAAUUAAAAAUAAAAGCUGAACAAUUAGAAAAAUUAGUUAUUAAAAUGAGAUCAACUAUGUUACAAUUUGCAUUACAAAAAAAUAAUUAAUUUAUUAUUAUUUAAUUAUUUUAAUAAUUAAUUAUUGCAAUUAUUUUUAUUUUUUUUUUUUACAUUUAAAUAGUAAAGAAAAUUUCCUAUAAAUUAUUCAUUAAGAAAAAAAGAGAUUUAAAAAAUAAAAUAAAAAAUAUUUUUGUAAAUUAUUUACAAUUAAAAAAUAUUUUUUUAUAUAAUAAAUGUUAUUAAUAAUAAUAAUAAUUGUCAAGUUUUAAAUUUAAGUUGAUUAUUAUAUUUUUUUUUAUCAACAAAACUUGACAAAUAUUUUUUUAUAUAUAAUCUUUGUUUUAUUUUUUAUUGUUAUUUAAAAAAAAUAAAAAUGAUGAAUAAAAUUUAUUGUAGUUAUUUAAUAAUAAUAAUGUAAACUAUUUUUUUUUUUUUUUUCAAAAUAAAUAUAUAUAUACUUAGAAGUUACAGA